CAUUUACGGAGCGGCUUCAAAGUAAAAAGUGCUAUCGUUAGUUUUGUGAUAAAAACCAUUUUGUUAGUAAUUAUUACUGUGUAAAAGUUGGUGUAUCAUCUCUGUUGAGGCUGCAGAGAGCUGCAGUAUGAAUCGUCGCACUCGACAAACGAAAGAAAAUAAUGGGGCCAAAACAAGUGAAAUUCGUAAAGAACAAGUAGAGCUUGCUAUGAGACGACACCGACAAAAGAUGACAGAAGAACAGAAAAGAAAGAAGAAGAACAGAAGAAAAGAAAAAAAGACCGUGAAAGGUAUACGCGAAGAAAAGAACAGGGAUUGAUAAAGAGCAUUUCUGAGUUAACGCCUCGAGCUAAGAGAACAGUGAGAAAGCUGUGGAAAGAAUGAUCAAAAAGAUAUCGUGAUAAGAAAAAGUCCAUGGAACAAGUACAUAAACAGGCCGAAGAAUUUAUAAAGAAUGAAAUUCCACCAGAUAGUCCAAUACCUUCUAGUUCCCGAUCUAGAGUUGAAUCAGGCAAGAGAACAGGGGAAAAGAAUAGAAGGCGUUUGAAAUUAGAAAACGUGUUACUAAAAGAAAAACUGCGUAUAAUGGAAAACAGAGUGAAAAAAAUACAAAAUGCGUUGUAACAGAGCUGUAGUUAAAAUAAACAAACAAAAAAGUGAAGCAAUAAUAAAUAAGUAAAAACGUAAAAUAAAUGAUACAUAAAAGCAGAUUCAAGAGUUUCUAGAGAAAGAUGAAUGUAGUAGGUUAACAGCAGGAAAGAAGGAAACAAUGACAAGAAAAAAAAUAAAAAAUCAAAUUAGAUUAUUAAAUGAUUCACUUUUGACUUUAUAUGGCAAAUUUAAAAAUACAGUGAACAAUAAAAUUUCAUAUUCGCUCUUUUGUCGCUAUCGUCCUUUUUGGAUUGUUUCUCCAACAAUAAGACAAAGAGAUACGUGUUUAUGUAUCCAUCAUACUAAUAUGGAACUUAUUACCACAGCCUUGAAAACAGCAAAAGUCAUUAAUGAACGCACGCCUGUAGCACUCGUGAAGACAAUUUGCUGUGAAGGAAAAUUAAGAGAAGAAUGUCUGCUUAGAAAAUGUAAAGUUUGUCAAAAAAAGAAAGUACAGUUCAAUAUCAUUCAAAAUAAUGACCCCAUACCAUAUUUUCGAUGAGUUACUAAAAAAAUACCAGUUUCCAUUAAAGGAGAGGAAAAACUAUGCCAAAAAACUAUAAAAGAAAAUAUUUUAAGUCCUAAAAAGGAUUUAGCUAUCCAUUGCAGUCUAAAUUACCAAAUUUUAUGAAUCAUUUAAAUAAUAUUUACCAUCAAUACCAAGCAAUAAAUAGUGUCAAGAGGCAGGUUGAUGAUGAAACAGCCAUGUUACACAUUGAUUUCGCUGAAAACUAUGUUAGCAAAUAUGCAGAAGAGGUCCAAGCAGUACAUUUUGGAGCUUCCAAACCACAAAUAUCUCUUCACACGGCUGUACUUUACCAUUUUGGCGAAUUAGAUUCCACCAUAACUCCAUUUUGCACUGUCUCUAAAAAUCUAAGACAUGACCCGGUUUUUAUAUGCAAUAAUUUAAAACCAAUAAUUAAAAUUAUUAAGGAUUUACAUCCUAACCUAAAAACAAUGCAUUUUGUCAGCGAUGGACCAUCUUCUCAAUAUAGAAAUAAAUCCAUGUUUUUCUUAAUGGCUAAUUUCCUAGCAGUAAAAUUAAAUGUUCAAAGCCUUGUAUGGGACUAUAAUGAAGCUGGCCACGGCAAAGAUUCACCUGACGGAAUUGGUGCAAUAGUAAAAAGAAUCGCAGACCAAUCAGUAGCUAGGGGUAAUGAUAUAGCUAACUUUGAGCAACUUAUCACGUGUUUGUAUGAAAAUUGCAGAGGUGUCCAAAUCCUUUCAGUUGAUGAAGAAAACAUUACGGAAAUAGAGGAGUUGAUGGCAAGAAGUUUGACUCCUACAUUUAAAGGCACACUGAAUGUGCAUCAAAUAACUAGGAGUAAAAAUAACCCAGGACUUCUUCGCGCUCAAAAGUUAAGUUGUAUGGAUUGCCGUCCCCAUCAAAUCUGUCCUCAUUAUGAAAUAGGUGUGAUUAGCACGGAGACUGUUCAUAACAGAUUCGAAAGUAGUAUUCCUUCCCCACCCCGUAAUACUAAGGAAGUUCUUCCUUCAUCACCCCCACACAGUGAGUGUACAGUUACAGAUUACGAUUCAUGUCAUUCGUCACCAGAACGCCGUUCUCCUGCAAUAUAUUCGUUUACAGUACAGCAAAGAGUCACACUGGAAUCACAAUCAGAAUCAGCAGUAUCGCUAAUACUGCUGCCAUCAGUCCCCACAGAAAAGUGUCUAUACUACAAAUGCCGAUGGUAA